AUGGAGGAAGGAGUCCAUGGAGGAGGAGGCGGCAGCGGAGGAGGAUUAGGAAUAGGAGAGGGCAGCAGCGGAAGAUUGGGGGUGGAGCAAAGGCAAUGCUGCAUUGCCUCCACGGUUUCCUCUUCGUCGGCAGAGGAAUAUGAGAAGAGAGACGCCAAACCAGUCAAAGGGGAUAGCAAGACCAAGGUCAUUUCCAGGAUGAAGGAGCUCAUUAGAUGCCUGCAGCUACCAAAUCUGAGAAGAAUGGGAAGUUCCUUGGCCACAAGCUUGAGAUGGGAAGCUGAACGCAGCUCCACUUGCUCGACAGUGUCGUGA